GCGCGCUCGUAGCCUCCGCAGCAACAAGCAGUGCAAUAAGCUAGCGCAAGCGUGCAAAAAAACAGCCUAGCUCGUAUCGAGGCCGAAUCGACAGCAGCUAGACCAGCACCCCCAUAGCUGCUCAGCCUAAGCAAGCUGCAGCCCAUACGCCGCCGCCGCGCGUUUAGCAGUACUUACGCCGCCGCCGCGCGCCUAGACAGAUAACCCGCAAAGAUGGACCUCGGUUUUGGACAACAAAACCAGCAGAUGGGCAACCAGGCCCUGGAGGCGGUCGGCAUGAUCGCCGAGAUGCAGGAGAACAUGCUCGACGCGGAAAUCCACAAAUUAGAUAACCUUGAUGGAAAGGACCUCGCGAAGAUUCGGGAAGAGCGGGUCAAGCAGCUCAAAGAACGGAAACUCGAGGAGGCCGAGUGGUCGCGCCAUGGGCAUGGGCAUCUCACGCAGCUCACGGAGACGAAGGAGUUCUUCGCUGCGUCGAAGAACUCAAAAAGAUUAGUCUGCCACUUCAUGCGGCCUACCUCUCACCAUUGCGUCGCGCUGAACGGUCAUUUAGCUAAAAUGGCUUCCUUGCAUCGGGAAACGAGAUUUUGUACGUUUGAUGCUGAGAAGAGUCCGUAUCUAUGUGAUAAGAUCCUCGCCGACCCCGAGGGCAACGUCGUCAUUCCGACACUACUCUUGGUCAAGGAAGGGAAAGUCACGUACCACAUCCGCGGUCUCGCGGAAUUAGGCGGCGAACAGUGCAACUGCGAGAUCAUGGCCGCCGUUUUACAAAUUCACGGCCUCAUCGAAGGCGAGGCGGCCAAGCACGAGUACGACGACGGCCAGCCUACUUAUGGUUCGGUUGAGGAGUACCGUGCGGCUAAAAUCCGGGAGGGCUUUUUUGACGAGGCGAUGAACGAGGGCGACGACUUUUCGGACGACGACUACACGGGCCUGGCCGAGGACGCCUAGUGAGUGCCUAACUUUUUUACAGUAG